AAACUUUGUCUUGGUUCUUGAACUUAACAGCUUAAAUAUUUAUUGUCGUUUUUACAAUUGUGCAGCAAAAAAUUCUGCUCUAUUUGGCCGUGCCAAAAAAAAAAGAAUUCAUUAGGCAAAUGCUAAAAACUUGUAAUAGAUAUAUGAGGGAAUAUUGAGACGACCAGGAACACUACACGUACUACCAGUGUCAUCACCACAACUACCACUAUUACUGCAAUUAGAUAUGGAUAUAAAUCUUACCUGCCGUGUAUGCUUGGGAGAGUUUGAUAACAAUGCUCACCGUCCACUACUCUUGCCUGCUUGUGGUCACACCUUCUGCACUUCAUGUAUUGGCCACCUCUACAAGCAAUCCAACCUUGGAUGUCCUGAGUGCAAGAAGGCAAAUGCUAUAAAGGCCAUAUCAUCUCUGCCUGUGAACUACAGUUUACUCAGUGUGGUUCAGUCCAAACAAAGAAGUGCAUCUACUAGUGAGACAAUGAACUCUCCACCAGAUGUUAAACCCAAGUCAUUUGUCUCUCCAGAAUCUUGCCAUGUGCCACAUAAGACAUUACAGAAAUCACAGAAUAUUAACUCCCCACAUCCUUUAAAUAGUGUACCCCAGGUCACUUCUUCAUUGAAGAAUGUAUACCGAGGAUCAUCACGUCGAGAAAAUUCAAACAGUCAUCACAGCACUUCACAAAGGUCUCAUCAGUUUGCAGAGGAAAGCUCUAGAGCAGCAAGCUUUUCCCCCGAGAUGAUUAAUAAGGAUCCUGAGACAAUGACAUUGCAAGAUGAGCUGGACUUCCAGAUGGCAGUGCACCUUACAUUUUGCAAAGAUGCUAGCCAUGGCCAUGAUGACCCAACUCGCUCCUUCCACUGCUGGCAGUACCCAGAAGACGAAGAAUUACACACAGCCCUUGCAUUGUCUCGGGGAUAUUUGGGUCAGACCACUUAUGAGCAACCUACCAGACAACACUCAAACUUUUCAUAAGCUGUUUAGUAUGUGAUUUUAUAAAUUGGUAGAGUAUUUGAUUAAAAUUAUCUUUCAUAAUUAAAUACCUUUGUCAAGAGAUAAAAAUAUAGUAUUAAUCUUAAGCUGUAACUCUGUAAAGUAUUUUAUUUUAUGCUGAUGUUAGGUUUCCACACAAAAUUCACAACUAUCUCAUUACACGUUUUCCUAAUAAAAAGGGUAAAAUAUUCUGAGUGUUUUAAAGAGUGAAAAUACUGUUGCUUAACAAUUAAACUGGUCAGGAAACUUGUACUACCAUUUGUUCUUUAUAUCACACCAAAGAGGAUGUUUAGCAAUAAUUUAGCACACACUGCAUGGGAAUGUUGUUGGGAGAACACUGGUAUUACAUGCACUCACUGUGAAAAGUGUUCAGCAGACAGAUUGGUAGAAAAAAUAAUUUCUUAUAAGAAAUAAUGUACUGUAAAAUGCAUUCGCAAAAUCCAGGGCUGGUAAUCUCAGACUGCGGGUUCAAACCCCAAUUGACUGUAUUAUUACAUUAGCUCAUUAUGAAUUAUCAGUACAUUUACAUUUGGUGGAAAAAGACACAUACAGUUUACUCUCAUAUCUGGGCACCUCUGCAAAGACAGUGAUUAUGUGUGAAUGAUGGUGAAAGUGUGGAAUGUUGAUGAAAGUUUUUUCUUUUUUUGGGUCACCCUGCUUUGGUAGGAGAUGGCCGGCGUGUUAAAAAAAAACAAAAAAACUGCUGAGUAUACCAGUGUUAGGUAGAUAUUAUUGAAAGAAUUAAGGGUAAGACAAAGCAGGAUUGCAGAUGAAUAAGGUUGUUUUAGAAAGGGUAGGGGAAGUGUAGACUUAAGUGUUUACGUUGAACUUUAUAAACUAAGAAUAUUUAGAUAAAGGUAGGAAGUUAUUGAUGCUGUAAACUAUGACCAAUCUUCCUGGUUAUAUUUUGUUAUCUGAAAAAUAUAGUAAAUCAUCUUUUCUUGUGUGAAUAAGAAAUCAAAAUGGAAGGCCUGGGGAUGUGACUAAUAUGAACACAGAAAAUGUUUUAGUCCCAGGAAUGUUUAUUAUGGAUUGUGUAAUUCUGUAAAUUUUCCAUCAAAUUUUAUACUUUUGGUAUCAAUACCUUCAGAGAAAGAUUCUUUACAAUUUCAGAAAAUAAAUAACUCCAUGGGGAAAUGGAACAGAAUUCUUCCUCUGUAAGCCAUGCAUGUCAUAAGAGGCGACUAAAAUGCCGGGAGCAAGGGCUAGUAACCCCUUCUCCUGUAUACAUUACUAAUGCCAAAAAAAGAAACUUUUGUUUUUCUUUUGGGGCCACCCUGCCUCAGUGAGAUACAGCUGGUUUGUUGAAAGAAGAAAUAAAUAAUAAUUCAUAUAUACAGUAAGACCCCCGUAUCUGCGAGGAUACGGAAGUCCUUCACUUGUCAUCUACUUAUUGUAUAUUUUUAUUAUUUUAUUGACAUUACACUUCAUAAAUACUGUAUUCACUUGAUUAAUGACAUAACAAUAUUAGCUUUGUCAUUUGAUUUAUUCAAGAGAUUACUAUUGUACAGUGGACCCCUGAGUUUCGUCGGCAUUGACUUUCGUGAAAUCCAACUUUCGGCAAGUUUUUUUGGCAAAAUUUAGCCUCGCGAUUCGUGAUUGGACUCGUGAUUCGGCAACCGUCUGGUACCUGUCCGCCCGUCACCGCGCACACAAAGCCAGUCUCCCGUACCAUUCACACUCAGUGUGCCAUUGUUUACCAGCACGUGACCAUCACCCCGUGGAUUCAUACAAUACAUUUCAUAAUAAUUCAUUGUUAUUUGUGCUUGCAACUGCUAAAUAAGUCACCAUAGACCCAAGGAAAGCUAGUGCAAGCCCUUUGGUAAAGAAAGCGAGGAACACGAUGAAUUCAAGAAGGAAAUCAUUGAGAAAUAUGAGAGUGGAGUGCGUGUUACAGAACUUGCCAGGAUGUAUGGCAAGCCCCAUUCAACUAUCACUUCGAUCGUGGCGAAGGGAAAGGAAAUAAAGUGUGCUGCUGUUGCAAAAGGGAUAGAUAUGCUGACAAAAAAGAGAUUGCAAAUCCUUGAAGAAGUGCAAAGGUUAUUGUUAGUGUGGAUUACCCAAAAACAGUUAGCAGGAGAUAGUAUUAUGCAGUCGAUAAUAUGUGAAAAGGCAAGGCAGUUGCAUGACGAUCUCGUAAAGAAAAUGCCUGCAACAAGUGGUGAUGCUUGUGAUUUUAAGGCCAGCAAAGGUUGGUUUGAGAGAUUUAAGAAGCGUAGUGGCAUUCACAGUGUGAUAAGGCAUGGUGAGGCUGCCAGUUCUGACAAAAAAGCAGCUGAGAAGUUUGUACAGGAGUUUAAGAAGUGUGUAGACACUGGAGAAUUCAAACCCCAAUGAGUGUUUAAUUGUGACGAAAUAGGCCUCUUUUGGAAGAAAAUGCCAAAGAGGACCUACAUCACGCAAUAGGAAACGGCACUCCCAGGACACAAGCCUAUGAAGGAUAGGCUUACUCUCAUGUUUUGUAGUAAUGCUAGUGGGGAUUGCAAAGUGAACCCUUUACUGGUGUAUCACUCUGAAAAUCCCAGUGUUCAAGAAAAACAGUGUCGCCAAGAGUAAUUUGUGUGUGAUGUGGAAGGCUAACAAUAAGGCAUGGGUCACAAGGGGAAUUUUUCUAGACUGGUUUAAUGAAAUGUUUGGCCCCAGUGUGAAGAAAUACCUCCUGGAAAAUAAAUUGCCACUCAAGUGCCUCCUGGUAAUGGACAAUGCUCCUGCUCAUCCUCCAGACUUGGAAAAGCAAAUAGUGGAGGAGUUUAGUUUCAUCACGGUGAAGUUCUUGCUCCCUAAUAAAACUCCUCUCAUCCAGCCCAUGGACCAGCAGGUCAUUUCAAACUUCAAAAAACUAUACACCAAAGCAGUAUUUCAAAAGUGCUUUGAAGUGACCUCAGACACUGAAUUGACCCACUUGCAUAAACCUUAUAGGUAAGGCUUGGGAAGGAGUGACUUGCAGAACUUUGAAUUUUGCUUGAAGAAAAUUGUG